AUGACACCAUUUGUGGAGGACGCCAUUGCCGCAUACAUCAAUUUGUCGGACGACCCGAACGUCCAAAACGUCCAGGAGUUGAAAGUUGUCGAUGCGGAGAGACUUGUACUUAAAGACAAAACAAUUGACGAAGUUGCUGACGGCCAAUAUCUCCAACUUAUGAGACAAAUUGCGGCACUUUACCCCGAUAAAGACGCAAUGAAAAAGAAAUUUGACACGUUUUGUAAACUUCAAUCGAACACAGGCAUGUCGGAAGAACAGAAACAGUUUGACACGACGUAUCGAAUGGUUAACAACGCGUUAACCAAUAUAUGUUUGUCGGGAGAGACGUGUAUGGCAAUUCUCAACGGAAUCACAGACGAACCACCAAAGUACAAAAUAACAAGCGACGAAACAAUGCAACGGUAUCAGGCACUUCCAACGGAUUUGAAGAUUAUUAAAUAUCAACAAAUAUUCCGAAGCGGCGCUGAUUGUGUUGUUGUGAAGUCGUUGGACCGGUUGAGGGUGUGUAGAGAGGAGUUUUUAAGUGUUUUCAACGAACUGAAACUCCUUUCCACAAGUUGGAAAUUGUCGAAAGAACAAGGCGUUUUCAGGGUUGGGAUGUUCGAGGGGAUCAACACGAAAAACAUCCCGCUUGUGUAUUCCGAGCAGUUCCAUGGGAUGAUUGUUAAAGUACCCAAAAAAAGCUAUGGGUACUUGGAAGUGAAGGAAAUGACCAUCGACGAAUUUGAAGAGAAAAUGAAAAACACGACGGAAACCCCAAUCGUGAAGUACACAACGCCAUACACAAACACACACUUCAACAUCCACUUAUGUCGAAACAAUGUGUUGACACAAACAUUGUUCGAUUACUUGAUGCUGACUGACCCAAACGAUGUGUUGGAUAAGACGAAUACAUCAAUCGGAAUUUUGGUUUCUGGUUACGACCCAAUUGUGAUCAACGCGAAACUUCAGCCAAUCCAAUACACACUCAGUGUGAAAGACUGUGAUACAUCCUUCGACCACUUCACACUCUUCGAAAGGCAGUCAAUUGUAGAGAUUCUCUUGAUGCAGCAGAUCAUCGCACAACAAGUUCGAGAACUUGUUGACGAGAAGAAAAAGGAAGAUAAAAAAGCUGUUUUGAAGACCGUCUUUGACUUCGUUGUGAUGAAGAAGAAGCGACGUGCAGUCAACAAAGCUUUACGAGACAACGCAGUGAAAUACAUGAGCGAGAUGAGAAACCAGAUUGUAAUGGUCAAGUGGUUAACACGAGACCAACCCAUAGGAACUGCUGUCUUCAACAUCAUUGUUUACGACAAAGAGAUGUACAGAAAGAGCCCAGAGUGCGACUUUAUCAAGAAGUUUGAAGGCAAAAUUGUUGGAUCCAAGGUUGAGUUUGACGGUCACGACCUCGAGUACUUAGUGAGUGAAGAAGUUGGGACGAUCAUAUUCCGAUUGAUGAUGAAACAGAAGUGA